GCUAUUCAAGUAAAAACCAACUACAAUAGUCUCUUUACCAAACACAUCACCAAGGCACUCCGAGACGAGGAAGAGAAAAACAAGAGGAAGAAUAACAACAAUCGAAGUGUAGGUAGAAAUGGUUUCUGAAUUAAUAAACGCGAACCCAAUCGUUUACGAGAAGAAAGAGCGUCGAGCUCGAAGCGAGCCGAGUGAUUAUGCGGAUGAAUACGCCGUGGAACCCAUUGACCAACAAGAAGUUUUUGAUCAUGUAAGAGAUAUAAAAGACCCAGAGCACCCAUACUCUUUGGAGGAGCUCAAAGUUAUAACAGAAGAUGCAAUCGAAGUAGAUGACAAACAAAGUAAUGUUAGGGUUACAUUUACUCCCACAGUUGAACAUUGUAGUAUGGCAACAAUUAUUGGGCUUUGCUUGCGAGUGAAACUUUUGAGGAGCUUGCCCUCUCGUUACAAGGUUGAUAUAAGGGUAGCCCCUGGAUCUCAUGCAUCUGAAGCUGCAGUUAACAAACAAUUGAAUGAUAAAGAACGGGUUGCAGCAGCACUGGAGAACCCAAAUCUCUUGGAUAUGGUUGGUGAAUGCCUGGCUCCAUCUUAUGGAUGAACUAUGUUGUACGUCCAUGCAAAGCAGUUUGAUGAAUAGUCUGUUGGAGCCUUUCCUAGAAUCAGCUCCUGUCCAUGAUUAGUAUACGAUUUUCUUUCCCCAUCUCAUACAUGCAUUUUUUUUUUGGCUAUGUCUGUUGUGUAAUAUGAGUUAGAAUAAUUUCAAUGUCCUAUAAUUUUUUUUUAAGUCUUGUAAUGUAGGUCAUUACAUUGAUUUAUAGAGUUUUUUGGUAUCUUAGAUAGAAAUGUGAAAACAUUGGAUAUUUAUAGUAUAUUUUAUUAUUAUUAUUAUUGUUAUUGAAAUAAAAGAUUUUACGUGUGUAACAU